AUGAGUGCAGAACGUCGCAGAAGUCUUCGUUCACACAGUAACGACAGAAACCGUCGUCAGUCAUUUGAUGCACCAUUGAGUAAUCAGUUCGAAUCUGAUUACCAGUCCAUGCCUGAUCAUCCCUCAUUUGAUAGCGGUGUUAGACAUAGAAAUAGGUUGUAUCCUGAACUUGAUCAGUCCAUAGAAGGAUCAUUUAAUACGGCUGAUGAAGGUGAUAUAUCUCACUCGGACGUUGAUGGCAACGAUAAGGAGUAUGGAAUGGGUGGUGAAUGCGGCGAUGAUAAUGAUGACGAGCUACUUGAGGGAGAGGAAUAUUCACGUAUUUUACCAAGAUCACGUUCUAACUCGAAUCUUUCGUAUAGUCCAGAAACGGGAUAUGACAAAGUGGUGAUUUUUUCAUUGACAGUUCUUAUUAUUGUUAUGGCACUUAUUUGGUUCUUGAAAGGUGGAAAUGAGCUUCAUCAAGCUUUUGAUCAAAGGAAUCAAGCUUUUGAUCGAUACAAAAAUGAAACGGGAAGGUUGCUGAAGAAAAAUUAUCCCGGGACAGAUGUGAAAGCGAGGGAUAUUCUUCGACUUAUGGGUGAAAAACUAAUCAUAAAGGGGGAGGUAGGUGGAUUGGCAUAUUGCGUGUAUCUUGUAAGAUUUUAA